AUGGUCGUCGACACACGCGGUUGUAACUUCAGCACCACAGACAGUUCCGCGUGCGGCUCCAGCCUGGGCGGGCUGAGCCGGACCGGCCACACGGUGGUGGCAGUAUGCCUCGGAUUCAUCUUGGUGACGGGAAUCCUCAACAAUGGCCUCUCUCUUCUUAUCUUUGCAAAAUUUCGCUGCCUUUGGACGCCAAUCAAUGUCAUCCUGUUGAACAUCAGUCUGAGCGACGUUCUCGUGUGUGUUUUCGGCACACCGCUCAGUUUCGCUGCGAGUGUGCACGGGAGAUGGCUCAUUGGAGAGUCCGGCUGCAAGUGGUACGGGUUCGCAAAUUCCCUCUUUGGGAUUGUGUCCCUGGUGUCCUUGUCUGUUCUCUCCUAUGAGCGCUACACCGCCGUGCUGCUUUCCUCCCGGGUCGACAUCUCAGACUUCAGGAAGUGCUGGCUCUGUGUGGGGGGCUCCUGGCUCUACUCUCUGCUCUGGACCCUGCCACCCCUCCUGGGUUGGAGCAGCUAUGGGCCCGAGGGACCUGGGACUACAUGCUCUGUCCAGUGGCACCUCCGUUCACCCAGCAGCGUCUCAUACGUGUUGUGUCUCUUCAUCUUCUGCCUGCUGCUGCCCCUUCUGGUGAUGAUCUACUCUUAUGGCAGGAUCCUGGUGGAAAUCAGGAGGGUGGGUAAAAUCAAUCUGCUGGCAGCCCAUCGCAGAGAGCAGCACAUUAUGGCGAUGGUGUUAUCCAUGGUGUCCUGCUACAUGCUGUGCUGGAUGCCCUAUGGCAUCAUGGCGUUGGUGGCCACCUUUGGGAGGUCGGGGCUGGUGACCCCCGUGGUCAGCGUGGUGCCCUCCGUCCUGGCCAAGUUCAGCACCGUCAUCAACCCCAUCAUCUACGUAUUCUUCAACAACCAGUUUUAUAGAUGCUUCGUGGCCUUCAUGAAGUGCAGCGGAGAACCCCAGCGUCAGAUCCUCAGCCGGCACAAUGACCGACACACUCUCGUUGUCCACUACACUCCAUAG